AUCUGCCGAUACAUUUCAAAACCUGAUUGGACGUCAGGUCCUGGAGCUUGAUAACUGAGUCGUCGAUUUCCUUAUUCACAAGCCCUAAUGCAUUUUUUUCCUCUCAGAAAUGGACUUGGUCCUUUGGAGGAAAUAGAUCUUAAUAUUUCUAAACGAAAUCUUUAGUGCAUAAAAGACAAAAAAGUGCCGCUAUGGUUCUGUCUUCAGCCCCUAUGUAUGCAUUGGUCGUUGUAAAAAAAAAAAAUUUCAACAUAGAUUCAAACUGAUUUCAUUGAGAUCGUCGGGUAUAAUGAAAGUGGAAGCUGCUGAAUUGUGGGCUGUUGUACCUCACUGAAUACUACACUAAAAGCGAGAUCCAUUCGCAGCCAGCCAUACAGCGGGAUUUAACACAAGGAACAGAUGAGUGGGCCAAAAGUAUUUACCGCUACCCCGUGCGUUUUUUUUUUUAAAAUACAGGCCAAGAUAGCAUUCAGAUCAAGUGGCAGUCUGUGUUACAUCUUGUCAAGUAAUUAAGAUGUCUCCGCUCUAUGUUGAAAAGAUAAGGUUAUACAAGAAAGAAUAGCUAAAGCACUGAAUAAAGCAUCAGAAGAAUGUACAGACUAUGUAGACCUGUCAAACUCUCAUUUUAUUUCAUGUUCUUCGGAUUGUGCGUUGUUACAGUUGUGAAGCUCAUUAUCAUUAACCAGGCGGACACAGUGAGAAAAAGACCGAUAGAAAAUGACUUCGUACAUCCAAUUGAGGUAGGAACAAGUCCUACGCUAGUUUCUACUCAUCUAAGAACAGUUGGCCCGACUAACGUUGCAAUGACAAGCAUUCAAAACUACAGUUCAUCUUUUGCCAACUUGACCAGAUUAAACAACAAAGACUUGCUGGAAGUCAUUCUAGAUGAUCAUCUUCCUGAGUCUAAUUGGACAAAUUAUAAGCUCAAUUUUAGCGCAAAAAAUGAGCUGAAUUAUACAUUUCUAAUAACUGGUGAGGAAAUAUGCAUGAAAGAUGAUCCCUAUUUAUUGAUCAUUAUUCCUUCAGAGUUCGGUGAAGUAAGUCGAAGAGAUCUUUUACGAAAAACAUGGCUAAGGGCAGCCACAACAAACUCUUGGCCAAAAAGAGAAAUACAAAACAAAAUUAAAUUCAUGUUCCUAUUUGGCACUCAUUCAAAUGUAGCCAGUGAAGAAUUAAAAUCUCUAACCAAAGAAUCAAUACUCAAUAACGAUAUUGUUAUGGCAGAUUUUGAAGACACUUAUAGAAAUUUAACAGUCAAAAUACUAGUUGGUUUAAAGUGGACAAUAAAAUAUUGUAGUAAAGUAACUUAUGUUUUAAAGUGUGAUAUGGAUACUUUCAUUAAUGUCCCUUUAAUGAUGGAGUUUUUGCAUUAUGUUCAAAAUAACAGAUCGUCUGAUAAUUUUCUUAUUGGACUCCGGCAUGGCUAUGACAAGCCUCCGGUAGUUCGCGAUGUUCAUCGCUGGAAAGUCACAGAAACUGAGUACCCGUUGGCUUAUUAUCCUAGAUAUAUGUAUGGCCACACAUAUCUCCUUGGCAGGGGAAGUCUGGAUGUUUUGAUAGCCGCAGCAGGUAGCAAGCCACUUAUAGCCCCUGAGGAUGCCUUUAUAACAGGGAUUUUACCAAAACUGGGUGGAGUACUUCGCCUGAAUGCAGCAUGUUUUACUAUGUGUUGUAGGCAAAUCUUUGACUGUGAAGUCGUUUGGAAUAAAAAUGUAGCAAUAACAGAGAUUAAGAACAAUGAACGACUAGAGAGAUUAUGGUCUAAUAUUGCUUUUAAUCAAUGCAACAAUACAAUAUCUAUCACUGAACAAACAUAGUUCUUUGAAAAGAUUUUUUCCCCAGUUUCUCUCCACUGCUUUCAAAUCUCGCACUGAAUUGGCUUCAAAUUUAUUUCCAACAAUGAUGCCAAAGUUCAUGAUUUGCAGACGAGGUAGAGGUUGCAACUUGAGGAAAUUCAAGAAUCUCUUUUUAAUAAUUAUUUCGACUAUUUCUAGUAAUUAAACUCAAUUUGUUUAUUAAUAAUAAGUUAAUACGCUAUCAAAGAAAUUAGAUUUUGUUUUCACACAUCAGUAUGAAAAUAAAAUAACCUAGAUUUUUUUAGUUGUAAUAACUACAAUUAAUAUCUACCAAUCCAGCCUGGAUAAUCUUUUCUUUUGCAUAUUUAGAAAGAUUUGCGACAAGUGUAUGACUCAGUUGUUACUAUUUUGUUAUUUCAUUAUCUAGCAUAUAAUAAUCAAUAAUUCUGUAUCCUUCUUCCCGACAUUAUAAGAUUGUUGUAUUCAAAAAACUCUGACAACUAUAGCCUGUUUAUCAUUAGACUUGGGUUGGUUAGUCUAAUACUUUAUCAGGUACUAAUAAGUACAACAUUCAACUGCAUUGAAAAUAAAAAGUAUUAAUCAUUCCACUGACACGACACUUUCAUGACUUCCACCCUGUUAUACUCGGUGGUGAUGUAAUUCGUAGUACUGCAUGAACUAUCAUCAAUAUAUGCACCAAAGUUCGAUCACAAGUUUGAUACAGCUAUUUUUGAACCGCGUGUGUGGCGAGAUAGGGACUACUUUUUAUACCGCCAAAAAGUAUCUGUAUAUGUUACAAGGGCGAAGUGUUCUAAGUACCAAAAAUGAUUCAUUGAUGUUGAGGGUGUGGUAUGCCUUUUUUUAAAAAAGAAUAUUUAUACACACUUGUAACUUCACUUUUGUAAACACUUGUAACUUCCCUUGUCCAAUCGUUCAAGUUUCGUCUGGUUUAAGAAAAAAAGUGUAAAAACAAAAAUUCAGCUGUAGGAUUCGAACCCAUGCCAAGAAAAAGACCAGAGCAAACCACGAGCAUCACAUAUCACUCCGCCACGCACCUGUUACGUUGACCUAGUUAAACUGUUGGCCUCUUGUUAACUCCAUUGCCAAUGAGGAAGGGACAUAUACGUUUAGAAACCACACAAUUUUGGAGUAAAAAAGUGAAAUGCGAUCAUCUUGAAAAAAAAACGCGCGAUUAGUAUGUCUACAUCAGGUAAAGAAAUCUAGAGCAUUGUAAAUGUAAAAUAAAUGAAUACGGCUAUAGGACCAUAGAUGUAUUAUAGGCUACAUGUAACACUCAAUGGCAGGAAGUCGGUGAUUUUAUAGACAAGAUAGUUGAAACAGAAGGCAGGCCGGUUUCAUCUUUGGCAAACUAGGCAGCCGCAUAAGGCCUCAGAUUGGUCGGGGCCUCGUACAGGACUCAAAGAAUUUCUUUUUAGGAAAAAAAAUUGCGAAACAUGGAUCAAAUCUGUCUUCUGUGUCUUCUGUGUCUUCUAGCCUAGCUCCAAGUCUCUACUAGCCUAGCUCCAAGUCUCUACUAGCCUAGCUCUAAAUCUCUACUAGCCUAGCUCCAAGUCUCUACUAGCCUAGCUCCAAGUCUCUACUAGCCUAGCUCCAAGUCUCUUCUAGCCUAGCUCCAAGUCUCUACUAGCCUAGCUCCAAGUCUCUUCUAGCUUAGCUCCAAGUCUCUACUAGCCUAGCUCCAAGUCUCUUCUAGCCUAGCUCCAAGUCUCUACUGGAAAUCAAGGUUUAUUCGCGAAUGUUUAAAUUUACUUGUUAGACUACAUAUGUUAGAAGACCAUUGUUUACAUAUAGAUAAAGAAGGGUUUAUAAUUCAUUGCUUAUUUUUUAGUCUUAUUAUUAUUUUUUUUUUUGCUUUUCUAUUUCAUCUGGGGCCACCCUAUUCGCCUCGCCUAAGGCCUCCAAUUAUUUAAGGCCGGCCCUGCAGAAGGUCAACAUUUGAGUUUGAACUAUUUGUUUUUAAGAUAGAACCAUUUCCGGAUGUCAAUUGAUAAAAAUAAUCUGAGACAAUCCUUAAAUAGAGAAAGCUGGUAUGAAUUAGAUAAAACACGUUUACAUAGUGACAACUCAGAAUUGACAUGUAGUCAACUGGGUCAGAUAUAUUUUUAACAUUGUCAUAAAAAAAGACAUUGCGAUCUAUGGGGUAGAUGAUGUUAAGGUUAUCUGUUUCUUUGGUCAACGGUUAAAGAGCAGGGUGUCAUGUGGCCAACACAACGAUCAACCGUCUUUUCUUUCCUAAAGUCAUAUACCCAUUAGAGUUGGGUGGACUCAGGGGCGCCCUAAAGAUCCCGAAAUUCAAAAUCGCAGUCUUCACUGUGAUUCUUUACCCAUGAAUUUGUACAAAUACUCCUUCUUCCCUAGUGCUAUUAGAGCAUGGAAUGGGAAGCCUGAGCUAGCCAGGAAAACCAGUGACUAGGCAGAAUUUAAGUCAUUGGUUAAUAUGCAUGACUAAAUGCAUGACGCGUAGGACGUAAUCAUCUUCUUUUUUGAAGUAACGUCUGUAUUAUAUAAGAUAAGAAGAUAAGAUGAACUCAUAGGUCAUAAGUUAUUAUUGUUUAUGUGUUUUUUAUAUAGGUUGCACCACUCGGUGUUUGGGAGUAACAUCCCUUGUAACUGUUGUUGUCAACCAAGAUGGCAUAAGAUUAAACAGCUGAUUUGGUGCCUAUAGCUUA